AUGACCUCGCGCAUCCCUCCCUCCGUGUCUGCCUCCGCCCGCCCAUCCUUUUCAGCCCGCCGUCUUUCCAGGCGCCUAUCUACUGUCUCCAGCAUCGAACAUGGAGAUCACGUCCCACCUGUCACUCCCGCCGAGCAGAUUAUUACAGAGGAGAUCGCGGAGAUAAAGCGCUAUGAAGAUUUCACCACCAUAGAUUGGGUUCAAGAUGCCGCCCAAGAACAAAUACGCAGGAAAGCCAGGCGGAAAGAGAGCAGGUUCUUCGACCGAGACGGAGUCUUAGGAUGGCGUCGCAAGAUUUGGGAGGCUUAUGAUGCCGCCCAAGCAUGGAUUGUCAUUACUCUCGUGGGAAUAGUCAUCGGUCUCAAUGCCGCGGCUCUCAACAUCAUCGCCGAAUAUCUGUCAGAUGUUAAACUGGGGUACUGCACGACUGCCUGGUAUCUUAAUGAAGGCUUCUGCUGCUAUGGCGCCGAGGGUGGUUGCGAUGAAUGGAAGAGAUGGACUUCAUUUACCGUGGCCAACUACUUCAUAUAUGCUUGCUUCGCCGUCAUUUUCGCAUUUGUCUCUGCAUUUCUCGUCAAAUCAUACGCUCCAUAUGCUGCAGGAUCUGGCAUUUCAGAAAUCAAGUGCAUCAUAGCCGGGUUCAUCAUGAAAGGGUUCCUUGGAUUCUGGACUUUCUUGAUCAAAUCCAUCUGCCUACCACUUGCCAUCGCCUCGGGUUUAUCAGUUGGCAAAGAAGGACCAAGUGUGCAUUAUGCGGUAUGUGUUGGCAACGUCAUCUCUCGAUUCUUCAGCAAAUAUAAGAAAAGCGCAUCUAAAACGAGAGAAAUUCUGACAGCCACUGCUGGUGCCGGUGUUGCUGUAGCUUUCGGAAGUCCCAUUGGAGGCGUGCUUUUUUCCCUGGAAGAAAUGGCAUCACAUUAUCCCUUGAAAACACUCUGGAGAAGUUACUUCUGUGCUCUUGUGGCCACAGCCGUUUUGAGUGCCGUCAACCCCUUCCGAACUGGUCAACUAGUCAUGUUCUCAGUCAAAUACGACCGAGACUGGCAUUUCUUCGAGAUCGUCUUUUACGUCAUUCUGGGAAUCUUUGGAGGACUCUAUGGCGCUUUUGUCAUCAAGUACAAUCUGAUGGCUCAAUCUUUCAGAAAGAAAUAUCUUUCCAAAUAUGCCAUUCCAGAGGCAGUAUUUCUAGCAGGUGCUACCGCACUUCUUUGUUACCCGAAUAUGUUCCUCCGCAUCGACAUGACCGAAAUGAUGGAAAUGCUUUUUCGAGAAUGUGAAGGCGACUACGAUUACAAUGGGCUGUGUGAGGCCAAAAAUCGGUGGUCUCUUGUUGGCUCCUUGAUCGUUGCGACCCUUCUCCGAGUCUUCCUGGUCAUCAUAUCAUAUGGAUGCAAAGUACCUGCCGGCAUCUUUGUUCCUUCGAUGGCAAUUGGGGCUUCUUUCGGUCGAAUGCUUGGCAUAAUCGUACAAUGGUUGUAUGAGACAUUCCCAGACUCUCAAUUCUUCUCCUCUUGUCAACCUGACGUGCCCUGCAUCACCCCCGGUACAUAUGCAUUCUUAGGUGCAGGUGCAGCUCUGAGUGGAAUCAUGCACCUGACUAUCUCUGUUACGGUGAUCAUGUUCGAAUUGACUGGGGCAUUGACCUAUAUACUACCAACCAUGAUUGUGGUGGGUGUAACGAAAGCUGUUGGAGAUCGUUUUAGCAAUGCGGGUAUUGCUGAUCGAAUGAUCUGGUUCAAUGGCUUUCCGUUUCUCGAUAGCAAGGAGGAGCACUCUUUUGUCGUUCCCGUCUCGCAAGUUAUGACAAACCAUAUUAGUGUGCUCCCUGCAACGGGCAUGGAGGUCAAGGCUGUUCAAAAGCUACUCAAUGAUACAAGCUACUCAGGCUUCCCUAUCGUCGAAGAUACCGAGUCUAGGAUUUUGGUUGGAUAUAUUGGACGGACGGAACUCCAAUAUGCCAUUGACAGAGCCAAGAAGCAUAGUAUGCUUGCCUCGGACGCGAAAUGUAUCUUUUCAAGCGACCGAGAAGAUGAGGCCGAGACUGGAGCACCCCUCAGUCCCGCUGUUACAUUCGACUCUAUGGCAAUUCAAAAUGCCGAUUUCAGUUCCUUUGUCGAUUCGACACCCAUUUCUGUCCACCCUCGACUGCCACUAGAAACGGUUAUGGAGUUGUUCAAGAAAAUGGGCCCACGAGUUAUCCUGGUUGACCAUCACGGUCGAAUUGAAGGUCUCAUCACCGUAAAGGACUGCUUGAAAUAUCAAUUCAAGGUCGAGGCACAAGAACACCAAGCCACCGCCCUCCGAGACGAGAACGGACACUCUAACGAGAGACUAGUCGACAUUGUUCGACGAAUAGGCGACGCAGUUGCGGACAAACUCAAUAACCUCUCUCGUGGACGAUUAAAACUGGGCUCACGGGUGGCACAGGGAGGCUGGUCACGAGUGGCAGCAACCGAUGGUCAAGACGACUUUGCCAACGAUUAUAAUAAUGAGCAUGAGAUUCUGGAUGGCACGGAAGAUAUCACGGAACAUGGGGUUGAGAUGGACAGUAGGUGA